AUGGUACCUUCCUUGAAGAAAUGCAGUCCUUUGUCCGAAGUGCCGAAUACAGAGGCCCACGUACUGAUGGGCGGUUUUAAUGCGGAUGGCGGAGUAGACGCUGAAAAGUGGAACGGCGUGAUUGGGAAAAACGGCCCUAGCGACCUCAAAAAUAACAUGAUAAUGUUGCAGUUUCCAGUAAACAACGGACAGUCGAAUAUGAUCACCUUCUUCGAUCGUCGAAAAGUGCAUCUGUAUACCUGGUACAGGAAAGUUUGUUCACAGAAGUCGAUGAACGAUUUGACAAUCUUAUACUAA